ACCCCGGCUUCGUCGCCUACGCUCGUCAGUCGGGCUCGGACCGUCGUCGAGUGUGUGUUGAGUGUAUGUCGCCGGUUGCGUUCACGUACGCGAGCGUACGGGGAUUUGUCACUGAGAGGAAAAAAAUCGAGCGUUCGCGCAUAGCAUGUCUUGACGAGUAGGAGAGACGCUUCGACAGGAUCCUCCAGUUAAGGGUUCUCCAUAAUGGCGGGAGGUCAACAGCUUCCGGAACAGUACACGGUACCACAGUACGCGAGGAUCUUCCACAGUCUGCCGCAUCUGAAUGUCUCUUUACAUUCGGUCAAUAAUACGUUCAAUCCCCACUCCGAAAUCUAUUUGGAGAGCCUCGGAAUAUUAGGAAGUAUUCCUGCAGCCUGGUUGAUCUUAACACUGCUGGUACUGCUAGUUUAUUUGGUAACAAGAUGCUGUGACCGGAGGCCGCGCCCCAAGAAGUCGAUAACCGCGCUGAAGUGUUCACUGGCCAUUCUGGCAUUGCUCUGCAGUGGAGCAGUCGCUGUUGGCCUUUAUGGCAACGAUGACGUGCACAAUGGGUUGGUACAACUCGUAGCAGCUGCUAAAAAUGUUGAUGGGAUCCUCAUGGGCGUCAGAAAUCAGACUGACACUAUAGAAGCAACUCUAAAGAAAAAAGUGCAACCGCAAUUAACUGCCCUCGGAGAUGAAUUCGAUGCACCGGUUAGCAAUAAAACUGUGUUAGGUUGGUUGCUAGCGGCACUUAACGGCAUGAAGCAAAACACGAGCAUCGCUGUAAAUCGGAGUUUCGAGAUACGAAAGCCCUUGAGCGGUAUUAGUCUCGCUGGCGCCAUCGGGAUGGGCGAGAAGAUCGAACAGUUGCGAUGGCCUAUCACCAUGGCGGUCUUGAGCGCUCUACUUGUCCUCUGCGUAGUUCUGGUAGUCGGUGUUGCACGGCACUCCAGAUGUGUCCUCAUAACAUUUUCUGUGUUCGGCUUGUUUGCGGUGAUCGUCUCUUGGCUCAUGGCGUCCCUAUACUUGGCCACUUCUGUAGCUCUAGGUGAUCUCUGUGUAUCGCCCGACGGUUAUUUAAGUAGAGCUGUACCGUCGACUUUAGCCUCCGAAGUACUCUCUUACUACACGCAUUGCGAGAACACGCGCAGCAAUCCGUUCACACAAAGAUUGCGGGAUGCGCAGCGCGCAGUGGGCAACAUGAGGGUUAACUUGAACUCCGUCACACGAUUAGCGUUAGAGCUGUUCAAAGACCAACAACUCCAGCCAAAGCUCAGCAGUUUGAGUACAGACGUUAAUACCGUGGACAGACUCGUGUCUGGCUUAGCUACGUUACUCGAUUGCAAACCACUGCACAAGCAAUACGUUCACGCCGCGAAGAGUUUAUGUCACUUGGGAUUAUAUGGAUUGAGUUUUAUGCUAAUAGCCAGCUUAGCUGCAGGUCUCUUGUUCACUGUACUAGUUUGGGUGGAUUCUCAUACGUGGAUAUAUAUACGAAAACGAAGGGAUUAUCAUCAGGUCGACGAGCAAGAUCCUUACUUACCACCAUCGGCGGCGUCACAAGCGAUAGCAGCAAGGACCCUUCGAGGCCAAGGGUCGUACCCGCCUACAGCCCCUACGCUUAAUUCGAAUGCUCUUGGCACUCAUAAUACGAUUAAGCAGCCUCUCUUGCUAACGCCGCCCCCACCGUCCUACGCUACUGCGACUGCUCGAGCACGUCAACUGCACGAGAGCAUGUUAAAAGGUGGGGGUGUUAACGGGAGCGGAGGAGGCGGGGAUCACAAAUCGUCUCAGCAUAAUCAGCAAUCAACGGGUGGACGAGCUGAGCACCGUUCUGGACUCGGAGAUCAACCUGGUCAGUACGCGACUCUGAGCAAACAGUGCAAGACGCUGGAAUCUAGUGACUUUUACUGAGGGCACGCCCCCGCAGGGCCCGGUAGAGAACCACCUUGGACGCCCAGCGUGGCGUCCUUCACCGGUACCCUGUCUCACAAUUCGCACGGGCCCGCGCAUCUUGCUACUUUCCAGGAUUCGCGAAAGACUCAAACGUUGGAUCCGAAGAACUUGGCCAAUCUGAAGAGGGGGCCGACUCCGGCGUGGAAUCAAAAUCGACCGCUUCCACUUCCGAAUCCCGCAAGUCAGCAGCCUACGUGGGAAUUCGAGUCACGCUCGCAGACUAACAUGAAUCAGUUUCGAUCGUUGGUGCGGAACAAGGCGCCUAAUAUUCGCAUUCAGGAUCAAAUGCAAGAUCAGGUCAGAACUUUGGACAGGAAUUUCUCGCGCAGUCAGUUUAACGGCGCUGCCCCACAAAACAACACGGUACCGAAUAUGUAUGGUACAUACAAUCGAGCGCAGGGGAGGCAGGAGAAGCCGACGGUGGCUACGCUAAGUCAGGUACAGGGUAGCGAUCCAAAUCUGUAUGCUGUAACGGAACUCUAAUCGUGACACCAAUGGAAUCGUGAGUAUUCAUAGAGCAUAAAGCUUGUCGUUUUACAAAAAAAAAAAGAAAAAAAAUCUUUCCGUCUUUCAAAGAAGCUCAGAACGAUUCGGAGUUCCUAUAAAAAAAGAAAAGAAAAGAAGAAAGGAAAGAAAAAAACGGCAAACUGAUUUUGGGGACCUGCGAUAAAAGUGAGAGAAACAAGGGGGGCGAAAAAAAGAGAGUUUUAGAAAACUUAGGAACUUGUGUGAGACAUACUUUAUAUAUAUAUCCGAAAUUUUGUACUUGUAUAUCAUGUACAGUGAUUGUGGUACGUCCUUCUAUGUUAUCCUCCCUCUUUGUUACCGCGUUCUUGAUUAGACCGCGCGCGAAGUAUCCAAGGACAGGCUGAUAUCCAUACAGCGGCGUAUGUAUUUGUAUUGCUAGUUGGCUGACUGGAAAGUUGCAUGAACGAACAUGCACAAAAAGAAAACCUUCACACAAAGCUUCGUAUUGAUAUUGUUUACAGAGAUACCGCUCGCUUGUUCAUUCUAAAUUAGCCGUUAAUUUCGCGUGCGACGCUUAACCGAGGAGUCGGAUAUCGCGACUUCGGAAGGAGAUACUAAAACAAGAUGAGGGAGCUAUUGAGAGCUAUAUGGGUUUUUAUAUACUUUUUACAUUAUAACUGAACGAAUCUAUGUUGAAUUUUCCGUAAGAGAUAUUUAAUACACUAUAUGUGUGUGAACGUAUACAUAUGCAUCUAGUUACCGCACGAAUGUCUGGUAAUUUUUACGAGACUCUUUGGCAGAAUUCGAUUGAUCAUAGGCCACGCUCGAUACUGCCAAUGCUCAGGCGAGUAUACUUUUUAAGUACAAAGACGAUGGUAGCACAGGCAUUAUGGGUUUUCAGUUUUUACGUGCAAACGAAAAAGAACCGAAAAGGAAAUGAUUGUCCAACAUAUGAUUGACGAACGAGGAAUAUUUGGAAACGUAUUUCCAGGCGGUAUUAGUUAAAAAAUACGACAUACUCUCUUUUUAAAGGCAGUGGGAAAAAUGGAUCUGUCACGAAAAACUGAAUCUAAUUGUAUUACGUAAGGAAUAAAAUGAAUUUUUUGCGGAGCGCAGUCUUCCCGAAAUAUUCUGUAAUACUAGAGAUAUACCGGGUAUCUGGCGAUUAUUCGGUACUCGCCUCAAAUCGGAUGAUCGGAUUCGAAUAUCGAAGAAAUAGUUUUGUGCCUGAAUAAUAGCCGGUUGAAGGCUUGAUACUAUUACAAGUAUCCAGCGAGUAUCCGAUUGGCGAUUCCUCUUCAAUUGCCACACGGAUGCCUGUCUCGAUAAUACUCGGUACAUCUCUUUCUAUAAUUGAUACUAUUUAAAAAAAUUGUAAGGAUCGAUAGAUUUUCAGCAAAUGACUUUGUACUAGCAUCCGCAUAUAAUUCACUAAGUCUGUAUAUAAAGCAGUAACACUUAAGAUUAUCGAGUAAACGUGAAAAGUGUGAUAAAACUGAAUCUAGAUGUUAUUACAGAUUUUGCGUGAAGCAUUUUUUUGUCAUUUUGGUUGACGAUCUGAUGGCUGUUGAUGCAGAAAGAAAAAUCGUGCCAUUCCAGGAAUAUAUGCAUUUAACGCAAACUACUUUUCGAGGACUUUCCUUUAGGGCUUGUGUUUAGUCAAGUAAAAAUCGAUUAUAUAAUUGCAAUACCGAGCAUUUUAAAAGGAGCGUGAAUAGCAAAAGAACUUAAUCCAAUGUAAAUAAUUGUAAUAUUUAUUACAGAGCGAUAGCUCAUAGACUAGUAGCAACUAUAGUUUAGUUAAAUGCUAAUUUAAGUUCUGAUGAUAAAUAUAUGGAUAUGUACGCGCAGUAUAUUGAUCGCGUGCGCGUAAUAUGAGAUGAACGAAUACCGUUUUGUUCAUUUUUGGUGACGAAGAAGUAUCCUAGUCAGUAUAUAAAAUUAUGUACAUUCAAUAACAAGAUCUCUUGCCAAAUUUUUAACAUGGCUCAAUUUGAAAAAAAAAA